AUGUCGUUGCACACAGCCAUUGGUAUACAAAACAUCUUCUUCACUACCAAUUAUGAAUGUACCUGUGUAGCUGACGGUACAGUUUUAACCAUGACGCGCCAAUAUAGUUUUCAGACCGGUGUGCGGAAUACUUUCCAUAUUGUGGAUUACGUACUAUUUGGUGCCUUACUAUGUAUAUGUGCUGGAAUCGGGCUAUUUUACGCCAUCAAAGACCGAAAGAGAAGAAACACAAAAGAGUACCUUUUGGCGGGAGGGAACAUGAACGCCAUCCCCGUGGCCUUGUCCCUCCUGGCCAGUUUCAUGUCCGCCAUUACGUUACUAGGGACGCCAGCCGAGAUGUACAACUACACGACUAUAUACUGGUGGAUUGGACUUGGCUACUUCUUCACCAUCGCUCUUGCCGCUCACAUAUAUAUCCCUGUUUUCUUUCGCCUGAGGAUUACCAGUGCAUACCAGUACCUGGGUAUACGGUUUGGCCUGGUGACACGGACCAUUGCCUCAAUUAUCUACAUUAUACAAAUGGUUCUGUACAUGUCCAUUGUACUCUACGCACCGUCUUUGGCUAUCAACGCGGUGACGGACUUCAGCUUGUGGGGCGCCAUCUGGGCCGUGGGACUUGUUUGUAUUUUCUACACUACAAUGGGUGGGAUGAAGGCUGUGCUUUGGACUGACACUUUCCAAGUAUCCAUGAUGAUCGCUGGCCUGCUCGCUGUCCUUAUCCAGGGCUCGAUAGAAGUAGGGGGGUUCGCCAAGGCUUGGGAAAUAUCUCGUGCUAGUGGGAGAAUUUGGUUUACUGACUUUGAUCCGGAUCCGAUCGUCCGCCACAGUUUCUGGACAUGUGUGUUUGGAGGCGCCUUCACGUGGUUGUCCGUAUAUGGCGGUAACCAGGCUCAGAUUCAGCGCGCGAUCACGUGCCCUACUUUGAGGAAGGCACAAUAUGCCUACUGGUUUAACUUCCCGGGUCUCUGUAUAAUACUCAUCCUCUGCUGUCUCAUUGGAACCGUUAUAUAUGCUUUUUAUGAAACAUGUGAUCCAAAAUCAUUCGGACUAAUCAGCGCUUCAGAUCAGUUACUUCCCCUCUUUGUGAUGGAUGUUCUUGGUCAUAUACCGGGUAUUCCUGGUCUGUUCGUGUCCUGUCUCUUCAGUGGAGCACUCAGCACGCUGUCUUCCGGUUUAAACUCCAUAGCCGCAGUCAUACUGGAGGAUUGUGUAAAAUUGUUCUGUUUUAAAGAGUUGUCCGAACUUAAAGCUACGUUUGCUUCAAAAAUCAUCGCUAUCCUAUUUGGAUUUAUCUGCAUCGGAUUAACCUAUGUAGCUUCACUACUUGGAGGUGUCCUACAGGCAGCGUUGGCGCUGUUUGGUGUGAUUGGAGGACCGUUACUAGGCGUGUUUACACUCGGAAUGUUGUUUCCUUGGGCGAAUCAGAAGGGAGCCAUUACAGGUAUGGUUACCAGCUUGGCGUUUAUGUUAUGGAUCAGUAUUGGUUACCAGAUCCAAAAACCCAAAGUAUCCACUUUCUCGGUGACCAAUGUGACCGGAUGUAACUGGAACCUGACUACCACCGCAGCCAGCGUCACUUCCGCUAUCGUCACAACAACGGAAGUAGCUGUAACGACACCAGCGGACACCAGCACGGAUUUGCUGAUCAGGCUAUAUUCGCUGUCUUACCUGUGGUACAGUGCCACCGCCAUGAUCUUUGUCAUCGGUCUGGGUCUCAUCGUCAGCUUCAUAACAGGUCGGACUGAUCCCAAGUCCCUCGACCCGAGACUAAUCUGUCCUAUAUUUGAUGUGUUGAUGCCGUUCCUUCCCGAGAGAUGGAGGAGACGUCUGUGGUUUGGUGUCCGUCACGAUCAGGUUGUUGAUGAUGAGCCUGCCAAUGAUUUGGAAUUUUCUGUGAACAAGGAAAAUGUUAGACAGAUGUACCAGGCAGAAAAUGGCGUCAACAACCAAGCAUAUGUCCCUUCCGGUGACGACAAAAAUUCUCACCCUCCAUUUACACAUCUCUAAUCAUUCAAUCAAGGAUUUAGAAUUCUUUGGAGUAUAUCAUAAAACGACAGAAAUCCAAGUAUUUUAAUCGUCAUAAUAUAAUUAAAGCGAUACUGUAUAAAAUAGUCUAUGUCAUUUUAACUUUUUCUGAAUUCUGAUAAUACUCAGAGAUCACUGUUUUGUUGUUUACAUUGGUUACCGGGUUUACGAAAUGUGUAAACUCAGUUUAUUCGUGGUGUAAGCCAUUAGAACAUUAUGUAAGUACAUGUAAUAUGUUAAUAUGAAUAUAAAGAAUAUAAAAGAAGAUGUACAUUUCACAUCUAUGUAGCUAUUAUUUCUGUAGGGUUUUUUUUACAAACUUUGUAAAGAUAAUCUUACGGAUUGAUAAGUUUAUUGAUCAGGUCGGGUCAGGACGAUAUAUCAAAUUUCUAAAUCUAAGUUCUACAUAAAUAAAGCACGUGGUUUGUAGCUGUUUCUAAUGAAAUAGUAUUUAUAUAACAAAAUGACCCAACAGGUUAAACUUUUAAAUUUAUUAUCCUAGGAACAUCAGGAUCUGGCUAUGUGACAAAUAUCAACUAGAUUAGUGGUUCAAUAGUUUGUGUUUACUAAUGUACCAACAUAUGGUUGGACCCGUUGGAAUGAUUGGAGGACCGCAUAAGUCAAGUUUUGCCAAUUAAGAUAUGUAAGGAAGAACAAUGGUUUUAAUAGGUCAUGAAAGAUCAUACGAAAGAUUUUACAAAAGACAUAUAAGUGCUUUUUCUAUACACUUGUGCGUCUUUAUUUUUUUUUUAUACAAAUUUAGAGUUAGAUACGGUAGAGCCAAACAAUCAACUGCAUCAUAUAGCUGUUUCAUCCUUCGCAAACAAGUCACUAUAGCUCUAGGUACUGAAGGUGGCUAAGUCCAGCGGUCUAGCGAAACGAUCCAGUUUCUGGAAACUAGUGAUUAUCACUUAACUAUCUAGGAUAUCCCUUGAGUGUUCUGAAUGGACGGAUACUUUUGGUGUAUGACUCGUCAAAUACACGUAUCUCGCCAUGCAACUGUCGCCAGACUUCAUCAAACAUCCUCAAGUUGUCAGAUUUCAGUUAGUCGGUCACUCAUCUGGCAGCGAUAUCAGACAACGAAUCCCUAAAAAUUAGUUUUAAAACACUUUCACGUGACGUAUGCGAUUCAACCUAAAGAGUGAGUUAGAUCAUUUUCUACUGACUUACUUGUGUGCUGUCCUUAUCGUUAUCAAGCCACCAUUUUCGCGUUUGAAAUGGAAAUUGAUUUACUGAUUUUUACGAGCGGAUCAACGCCGAGUUUUCACCACUUUUGACAUAUUUAUAAAGGUGUGUGGACAAUUUCCGUUUUCUCGAGUCAAAUGUCGGUCACAUUAAGAUCACUUUAUCACAACAUCGAAGUUAAAUCGCGUACAUGCCAUAAAAAGUUGUUUUUGAAGCGAAGACGUCUGAUUUCACUGUCAGAUGACUGAAAAAGAGAUGACGAUGCUUUAUGAAGUAAGUCGACAUUCGAAGGUGUAUGAUAUAUUACAAAUCCUGAAAUGAUGUUUGUAAAAAUGAAUUGGAUUAGUCAAUCACACUUGAGAAGGCUGCAAAAUCGAUCAAAAGUAAAAAAAAAAAAAAAAAAAACUAAAAAAAAACCCUGUCCUAUACACAAAAGUAAGGUGUGAUAUAUAUAUAUAUCGCCCAAAGGUAGAUAAUGUUAAAAAAAACAAUUUCGCUUUUAAAUGUUUGUUAUGAAAUAUUAUCAAAUGAAUUUGCAGAAAGUAUUAAGUUUAUUCCUGAAGGCAUGUUUAGUGGAGAAAAAAUUGACAACUCCACGGCAUUUUAGUUAAGGCUGAACAUAAAAAUACUAUUUGAGAAAGCUUUCGAUUCUAUGUAUAUCAUAGAGUUUUCUUGAGAAGGUUUUUUGACAAUUUUAAUGUUGGCUAUUUUGUGAAAAGAGAUAAUUUCACUUUAACUAAGACUGCUUAAUUGAGUGUUACUCAGCAUUGCUUUUCUCAGACCAUUUUGUCUAGUGGUAGAGGUUGUUGUCAAGGCGAUUCAAUAUUUUUUUCAUAAUUUGCGUUUAAAUUUUGUGUGAAUGCUGAGAAAUGAAAAUGAAAUCAAGGUAUUUAAACUUGGAAUUUUUUCUUUGAAUGUAUUUAAAUAUAUUACUUUUGUAUCACUUAUAUUAAUCAGAGACCAUUUUGUUUAAGGAGAUCACCAAGUCUAGACAGGCAACAAUAAAUUUGUGCCACUUUGUCGUUUACUUGUGUGUGUGUGUGUGUGUGUGUGUGUGAUAUUGUUUAGGAGUGCAAUAGAAUCUAGUAAGCUUCAUUAUUUUGUAACAAACACAUUACUAUUGUUAUGUCUAGAUUUAGUUUUGAUGCUUAAGGACACCUUCUUUUAGAUUCUUUGUAAAAUUGAAAUUUUCUUGGUUGAAAAGAUGAAGAAUAAGAAAAGUUGAAUGAGAAAAAAAUAUAUAAUGAAUGGAAGUUAUCUUUUCAACCAUACAAGUGUUCUUCUUUAUAAUGAUACUUGUCCCAGCAAAUGUUGGACGAGAACCAGUCGCUAUUUCACAAUGAUCUACCAAUAAAUGUUUAUCUAUA